CGCGCUUCGUCCGGGGUCGCCAUUAGAGCAUCAUCAGUCGCAGCCCUGGUCAAGCCCAACAGAACGACGACAUUCAACAUCAUUUCUUGGGCAGCCGCAUCUCAAAUUUCUGUCGAAUUGAGGCAGCUGCAAUAAAUCACGAUGCCAGGAGUAGUACCGGAUGACUCGGAGCUCGCGCCCAAGUUUGCGCCCUUUGUCGGCAUGGCCGGCAUUGCGGCUGCAAUGAUUUUCGGAUGUGCUGGCGCAGCAUUCGGAACCGCCAAGUCGGGCAUCGGUAUCGCGGGAGUUGGAACCUUUAGGCCAGACCUCAUCAUGAAGUGCUUGAUUCCUGUCAUCAUGUCUGGAAUCAUCGCUGUCUACGCCCUCGUCGUCGCCGUCUUGAUCGCCCAGGAUCUCAACGCUCCGACUGCAGGCACGAGUUACGACCUUUUUAGAGGCAUCAUGCACCUCGCUUGCGGCCUGUCCGUCGGUCUUACUGGUCUUGCUGCCGGUUACUGCAUCGGCAUUGUUGGUGAUAAGGGUGUCAGGGCUUACAUGGAGCAGUCAAGAAUCUUUGUUGGCAUGGUGCUGAUUCUGAUUUUCGGCGAGGUUUUGGGUCUUUAUGGGCUUAUUGUUGCGCUCAUUCUCAACACCAGGAGCCAGGAAUAAUUCGGACCUGUCGGAUGCUCCAUACUGCCCCCUUCAGCCACAAAGUCGAACCUCACAGACAUCACGUACAUGGGGGGAAUGUCCCUAUACUAUUCCGCCAGGAGACGAUGGAAGAGUUGAAGCAACCACCGGUGAGAGCAUGGCAGCAGUUUCUGCUGUGCAGGGAAGUGUCAAUAUAGCAUUUGGCCGGCGUUUUUUUCUUGGACAGUGAAUCUACCUACUUAUUUCUACAUUUCCUUUGCAGUCUUUGACGACGGUUCACAGUGUACAUUAUAUGGGCCCGGCAUAUUCGAGACUGCCAAUAUCUUGCAAUAGAGAUGAUGCAGGGUCACCUU